AGAAAGAAACUUUUAUUUUGAUAUUUUAAGUUGUGGAAACGGAAGUGCAUCGUAAGGUGAGGAAAAAACAUACCAAAGAAGGUGGAUCCACUUUCUCUGAACAUACACAGACAGGCCACGAGUGGUUUUUAAAUAAAUCGGAUAUUUUGCUCGAAAGAAUCCAUCGUUAGUUAGAAAAUGACACACGUUGGAUUUCAGACACAGAUCGCUGGGAUUAUAGAAGAGCUUGCCAAUGCCGCGGUUGCAGAAAUUUGCAAAGUUGUGGAGAAUGGCUACGCUAUUUUACACUUAGAAAUAUCCCAAAGUCGCAAACAAAAUGAUAUGCUGAAGAGAAAAAUACAGAUGCUCGAGACGGAGAGGAAUUAUGGCUCGAAGCACAGCCGCGAUAGACCUUCAUAUUUCAAUCAAAUGUGCAGAAUAACUCUAAAGAAACCACCAAUAAGAAAGAGACUCAGGUUACCAGGCACCCAUUCAAAUGAAGGUUUGGAAGCCCCCAUGGAUGGGGCGGCUGGAUACAUGAGUGAGGAUGGAGCAAACAUACCGUCUGAUCACACAGGUGCGGUGACUGAAGUUUUAAUAGUGAAAGAAGAAAGAAUAUCUGACGCGGUGAAUCUGGAAGGGCCAAUCCCCAGAGACCACACAGUAGAUGCUCAGCACAGAACGACAGAGAUGGUGCAGCAAAUGCUGGAGAGCAGGCAUUUGGAGUCUGGUGAUGUCAACAAAAAUGAACGUUUUAAAAGGGAGAGCCUGGAGACCUAUAUCAAAGAUGAUGAGUCUGCUAAGUUUGAAGAAUCCAGAGCAGAAUACAACAGUACGGCCUCUCUGUCAGAUACACACUCGACACACACGGGAGCAGCACCAGUACCUAAUACAAGCACACACGAUCAAGUCAACCACAAUUCUUCCUUUCACCCGGAUCAUGAGAUGGACUUCAAUAACUUACAUCCUGCCAACUCCAUUUUCCACAAAGCAGACUGCUCUUCGUCUUCCUACACUCCAGUGGCAGAUCUUCUCCAGGACAAGCCCUAUCACACGGAUGGCUUCAGGCAUGCAUCUGAGAUGCCCAGGCCACCAGGAGGUCGAGAGGCUGAACCAUCUAUGAUUGGUCAAGUUUCCUCGCUGGGUGCUCCUUCCUCCACUGCUGUCACUACUCUGCAGACACAGCAGAAGCAGUGGUUUGCCUGCAAGACGUGUGGCAAGGUCUGCUCAAGUAGCAGCAGCCUGAUGGAACACCAACAAACACACGCUGGGCAGCAGGGCUUCAUUUGUCCUCUGUGUGGCAAAAGCUUCUCCCAGGCCUCCAGCCUCAAGAAGCACCAGAGCAUUCACACAGGGGAGAAACCAUUCCGGUGUUCACACUGUGGGAAGCACUUCUCGGAUUCCAGCAACCUCCGGAAGCACGUCAGCAUUCACACCGGAGAACGGCCUUUCCGCUGUAGCCAAUGUGGAAAAACGUUCAACCAGUCGUCCAACCUUAAGACACACAUGAAGAUUCACACGGGUGAAAAGCCCUUCAGCUGUGAGGGCUGUGGGCAGGUGUUUGCGUACAAAAUAAGCUUGGUGAAUCACCAGCUAAAGAGCUGCCUGGGAGACCCAAGCCAGACGGGACACAUGCCAUUGGCGUCUAAAGACAAAAGAUUGGAUUGCAGAAUGUAUGAGAAACCAUCCUUGCACAAUAACAUGAGCAGACCUACCCAUGCACAGCAGCAGCCACCAGGCGUAAACAAGCAGGCCAUUGUCAAAGCCGAAGACAAUAACACUGCAGAGUUCCCUGCAUCCAGUCUUUCAAGAGAAAAUUCUGUUGUAGAUGAAGACCGAGACGAAAGUGUGAAAUUGCCUAAGGGAGUCAAUGCAGAGCAGGUCACCUCCCCUCUUAAAUCGGAUGCAGUCAGGAGGACCGGUCACUCUCAGGCUCAACCUCAACCUCAACCUCAACCUCACACCUGGCAGCAGAAUACGGUUGAGGAGACGAGGGAAUCCCAAGAUGGAUCAAGGUUCAGGACCUGGCAAGAAGCUGGUCAGUCCAUACAAGAGCCUUCACCCUGGAACCAGGAACAGCAAAAGUCCGGGUGUGAAACAUCUAAAGCAAGUCUGGAGGACCAUGGACAUUUUUCCACAAACAUGGGCACUUCUGGAGUGAAAUGCUCCCAGUACCUCAACACUUGGCUCAAGUGCACUUGGGAAACCAAGCAGCAGGAUCUCAGCAUCAUGACAGCCGCAGGUUUGGCCAUGAGGAAUCGCUUCAGAAAUGUGGAUGUACGUGCACACAGGCCACCGUCGGAGCUGCCCAUAGUAAAGUCCUCACAUGUACUCGACAAUAAAGGGUCAGAGGACAUGGAGGAGGGUGAGCCAGAUUUGUUGAUUAUCAAGGAGGAAAAGCCAGAUGAACCAAAGAGCCUUGAUCAUCAAACUGAUAACAGCGACUCUGGUCCUUGUCAUGAAAAUGCCUAUGAGGUUGACGCACAUUUCCUGCCUUCUGCAGUCCCGGCGGAGCCCAGGACCCGGCACUCAGAUGUGGAGGAUAAAGACAUGGAUGAUAGGACGGCCGUAGUCAAACCAGUUAAACAGGAGAAUACAGAAGGCACUUUGGACACCAGCCGCUGUCAAGAUAACCCAGCAAUCAGUGUAGAAGAUAUGUGCCACGUUGAUGUCAACCUAUCAGACAAAGCCAUCCACCCAGAGGGCAGUAAAGAUGGCAUGAGGCCAAGAUCUCAACCACCAGGUUCCAAAGCCCUCUCCAAGUCACAGCAGAUCCAUCCUGAUUGGCCGUCUUGUUCCACAGGACCAAGUCUAGACUGCUCCACAUUCCGCAGCAGCAGAGGCGGACUAGUGCAAGCCCACCAUGGAGCUAUGGGUGACCUGAGCCCGGGCUGCUCAGACGACAAGCCAGAUGUCAUAAUAAUCGACCCGUCUCCCAUUAACGAGGGUCACAGCGCACAUCCUCAGUGGCACAGUGGCGCACAGAGGCAAAGGGCAAACAACAAGCCGCAUCAGUUCUGCAGACAAAGAUACGCCGAUGGAAAUAUGCAAGGGCCAAUAAGGGAUCAAAGCAGUGGCUGUCAUCCACACGGUCAACGGGAGGGGGACAACAUCUUCAACAACCUAGAGCCGUAUGAAAUGGAAAUCAACAGUCUUGGGUCGUACGGCGAUGCGUGUGUUGGCCUUGAUGACCCAGCCAGUGGGUCACAGCAUCCCUCCUGGGUGCUGACGGGAGAUGCGGAAGACGACAACAGCACCACAUCAUCUGCUGCCCUGAACUCACUGAGGAGGAUCAGAUCCUUCUGCUGCACCCUGUGUGGCAAACGCUACUCGACUGUCAAACAACUCAAAGUGCACCAGAAGGUCCAUGCGGGGGAGAAGCCCUAUAGUUGCAUUCAGUGUGGCAAGCGAUUCAUCCAGCUGUACAGUCUGAAGCGUCACCAGAGGGUACACACGGGAGAGAGGCCUUUCCGCUGUGCGCAGUGCGGGAAGCAGUUUGCGCACUCUAGUAAUCUAAAGGUUCACCAGACUGUACAUACAGGCGAAAAGAACUUCCACUGUACCCAGUGUGGGAAAAACUUUUCUUUCUUAAGUAAUCUUAUACGGCAUCAGGCAAUACAUGCUGCAAAGUAAUCACUUUUACUUACCUAUGAACUUGGAUUUUUGUUGAUUGUGCUAUUAUUUUUAAAUGUCAAUGCUGUAGUGAAUAUAACGUGCAAUUAUUUGAUUUAUGAUUGACAACAAAGAUUAAAAAAUGUCAAGUUGUA